AAUUUAUUGACUCUAAGAUGAUACGAGUUCGUCGAGUCAGCUAGUUGGUUAUAGAAAUCUUGCUAUCGCAAAGUGAGUUUGUCAACCUUAGAUUAAGUCAGUAUGGCUUUGUGUAUUCUAUCGAUAACGAUGAGACAAAUUUCAAGUGAGGAAUGCAGUUUAUUUUGAAUAGAGGAAACAUACCAAACUCAAUUCGCCAGUCCGUUUCACGCGAUUGGAUAAUCAAAACAAUAAUAUCGACAAUUUAUUCAAACAGAAUCGUGAGUUGAUUUCCAUAAUCCUGUGCAUUCGAAAGAUAAGAUAAAAAACAUAUUCACGUCUUCACUAUAACGAUCGAGGAUAAGGCAACACGGUGAUUAUGAUGUCAUCUACAAUGAAGCAUAUUUACUUAGUUUUCUGUAUAUUCUCAAUAUCUGAAGCAAGAUUCAUCAAGGAAACAGAAGAUGAGUUGAGCCCGUUCGAAUUGGAUGAAUUCUUGAAUGGAACAUUCAAAGCCACAACUUGGACCGGGCUAUGGAUUUCAGACGAAUCAUUUAUAUUCAUCAAUAAUAGUGGAAUCAAUGAAUAUAAUGUAGGAACAAAUACAACAGAAACGAUGUUGGACCACACUGUGAUGGCCAACUACACAAAUCCACAAAUAAGUUUCUCUCCUGACCGAUCCUAUGCACUAUUUCGUUUUAAUAUGUCAUCGGUGUUCAGACAUUCGACGUCUAGUCUUUAUCAGAUAUACGAUAUUGCGGAAGAGAGAUAUUACGACAUUGCAAAACUGGAACCUCUACAACUGGUUGCUUUCGCUCCCAAAGGACAUGGAUUAAUUUACGUAAAGGACAACAAUAUAUAUUAUUUGGAUUCUCCAAUCGUUUCCGAGCCUUUGGCUAUUACCACGAUCGGCAAGAAAGGAAUAAUUUAUUGUGGAGUUGCUGACUGGGUAUACGAGGAGGAAGUACUGAGUGCCACAUCAGCCUCAUGGUUUUCUCCUGAAGCUACAUAUUUAGCUUAUGCUGUAUUUGAUGAUACAAACGUGAAAAACUUCUCUUAUGCCAUUUAUGGAGAGCCAGGAUCUAAGGAGAAUCAGUAUCCCACUGAGGCACAACUCAAGUACCCCAAAGUAGGAACACCAAACCCUCUUGUCACCAUCUACCUGUAUGAUUUCACUACGAAGGAAACAGUUGAGUUUCAGUUCCCAUCCACAAUCCACAACAAAGACACGAAUGACUACAUUUUCUAUGACAUGACGUGGAUUUCUGACACCGAAGUGGCUAUGAUUUCCACCAACAGAGUCCAGAAUGAGUCUAUUAUUAUACGAUGUAAAUUGGAUGGGUCGUGUAUUGAGGAACAAUCUUACAAGGAAGAAAAGGGAUGGUUGACACCACGGAUCCCAAAAUAUAGCAAAAAUGGGAAAAGGAGACUAGAAAUCUUACCUCAAAUCGAAGGUGACGACAAAUACGAUCAUUUGGUACUUACAGACAUCGAUACCAAUACACAAAUCAGACUGACUAAUGGCAGACUAGUUGUUUUAUCUAUUUAUGGAUGGGAUGAAGCUCGAGGUUUGAUAUAUUACAAGGGUACAGUGGCCGAUACACCAUCCCAACAACAUGUGUAUGUUGUUUCUGAAGAAGGAGAAAGUGGAUGCUUAACAUGCGACUUUAUUGUUGAUGGGAGUAACUGUACCUUUGCUGAUGCUGCUUUCAGCAAAAACUAUUCUUACUACGUGAAAACUUGUUUGGGGCCCAAUCCACCUCUACUGGUAAUCGUCAACACAAAUGAUCCUAGUGAUAGUUUUGUUUGGGAGGAAAACAAGCCCUUGAGAGAGAAACUCAAACUGAAAUCAAUGCCGGUGGUAAAAAACAUGGAAGUUCCUAUAAGCAACAAUUUCACCGCUAGAGUUCGAUUAUUUUUACCACCCAAGCUAAAUGAAAAUUCGUUAAAAAAGUACCCAGCAGUUGUGAACACAUACGGCGGUCCCGAUUCUAAUCAAAUUUUGGACGCGUACAGCACAGCUUUACAAUACUACAUGGUUACUAAUAGAGAAUAUAUUUACAUACUCAUAGAUGGAAGAGGCACUGGACGAGACGGUCAAAAUAAAAUGUUCCAGAUGUACAGAAAGUUUGGCACUGUGGAGAUAGAGGAUCAGAUAUACGUAACAAGGUAU